AUGCCCAAGCCCGGUCCCGCCUCGAGGAGCUCCAUCCUCAACCUCAUGCGCAUGUCGCACGCCGCCGGUUGCCCGUGCCACGGCUGCUCCACCGCCAGGGGCGGCCUCAACAUGGCGCGCGCCGGCCUCAACAUGAUCUCAAAGCACGGUCAGCAGUCGGGCGCAACCGCCCGCGGAUACGCCACCCCCGUCGACGACGCCCUCCAGAAGGAGUACGCAUUUGAGCUCGCCGCCAGCAACGUCCGCUUCGGCGAGGGCGUCACAAAGGAGGUCGGAAUGGACUUUGCCAACAUGAAGGCCCAAAAGGUCGGCGUCUUCACAGACUCGACCGUCCGCAACCUCACCCCCAUGAAGCAGGCCAUCCAGGGCCUCGACAACGCCGGCGUCAAGUUCGAGAUCUUUGACCGCGUCCGCGUAGAGCCAAACGAGGAGAGCUGGCAGGACGCCAUCAAGUUUGCUCGCGCCCAGAACUUUAGCCACUUCCUCGCCGUCGGCGGCGGCUCCGUCAUGGACACCUGCAAGGUCGCCAACCUCUUCAGCUGCUACCCCGAGGCCGACCUGCUCGAGUUUGUCAACGCACCCAUCGGCAAGGGAACGCCCAUCGACAAGGUCCUCAAGCCCCUCCUCGCCAUCCCCACCACCGCAGGAACCGGCUCCGAGACGACGGGCACCGCCAUCUUUGACCACACCGCCACCGAGUCAAAGACGGGCAUCGCCAGCCGCGCACUCCGUCCCCUCCUGGGCAUCGUCGACCCGCUCAACACCGAAACCUGCCCCACGGCCGUCCACAUCAGCGCCGGCCUCGACGUCCUCUUCCACGCCCUCGAGUCCUACACGGCCAUCCCCUAUACCGAGAGGAUGCCCCGCCCGCAGAACCCGCUUCAGAGGCCCGCCUACCAGGGACGCAACCCCAUCUCGGACGUCUUCUCGCUGUGGGCGCUCAAGCAGACGGUCAAGUAUCUGCCCCGCGUCGCCCGUGACCGCACCGACACCGAGGCGCGCGGCCAGAUGCUCCUCGCCGCCACCUUCGCCGGCAUCGGCUUCGGCAACGCCGGCGUCCACCUCUGCCACGGCAUGUCGUACCCCAUCAGCGGCCUCAACAAGAAGUUUGCAAAGUACAAGCACGACGGCUACGAGGUCGACCACCCCAUUGUCCCGCAUGGCGUCUCGGUGGCGCUGACGGGUCCGGCCGUGUUUGAGUUCACCGCGCCCAGUGCACCGGACCGCCACCGGGAGGUGGCGGCCAUCUUCAAGGGCUACGACAGCGUCAGCGAGGCGUCCGAUAUUGCACGCCUGCCCGACAGCGAGGUGGGCCAGCUCGUCUACGACCGCAUCGCAGAGUUCCUGGCCGACCUCGGCGUGCCGCGCGGCCUUAGCAAGCUGGGAUACGCGCACGAGCACAUCGAGCCGCUGGUCAAGGGCACCAUUCCCCAGCGCCGCGUCCUCGACCUCGCUCCGGGCAUCGGAGACGUGAUGGGCGCCGACGGCCACGAGCACCUCGCCAGGAUCCUCGAGAAGUCGAUGGCGUACUAA